AUGAGCCUCUUCAGCGACAUCGUCAACUCGAUUGGGAGCGACAAGUCCCCGGCACCACCAAAGCCACCAGCAAGACCACUGAGUGCAAAUGCGCAUCGACCAAACCUCGACGUCAGCAAGCCUGGUCCCCGGCCCGGGUUACCGGCGGCCCCCUCGCUCCCGAAUGGCAUAAAGCGGAAGGCCGACGAGAGCUCGGCAAGACCGCCUGAGAAGCUCAUCAAACCGAAUCCUAUGCCUGGCUUGACCAGCACUAUCACGAAACGCCCUGUUGCUCCUCCUCUUAACGCCCCCAAACCUACCAAUGGAAAUGACGGAAAAUCUCUUUCCAUGCCCAGACCGAGGCUCGACACUCCGGUGACCUCAACGAAACCCGGCUCCGCGCCGUCCACCCCCACCACCGCGACAGCAAAAGGUCCAGCGAGGGGUUCGUAUGCAGAUUUGAUGGCUCGAGCCAAACAGGCGCAGGUGGAGCGACCUCAACAAAGCCAAAUUGGUUUGAUCAAACAUCAGGCAACCAAUCGAGAGAAGCCAUCCAAAUUGGCUGAGAGGAGACGUCAAGAAGAAGGCAAAGCAAAGGGAGCAAAGGAGAAAUCCGGUGGCGGCCGUUUGGCAAAUGGUGGUAAACAGCAGGAUAAAUCUCGAAGCGCUAGCCCCGCGAAGAAGACAGAUCAUCCCAAAGUCCCCAGAGCUCCUCGACCGCCAUUACAUGCUCCCGCUUCGUCCUCCUACAAAGGCACCAUAGGCACUGCUUCUGGUCGGUCCAAGCCUGCAGCCAAGCGUGGGCGCAGAUAUGAUGAAUACCUCGGCACUGACGAAGAAGACGAUUCGGAUGACAUGGGCGGAUAUGGGGAAGGCGAAGAAGACGAUUAUGGGUCUGAUGCAUCGUCAGAUAUGGAAGCCGGAGCGUUUGAUGUGUACGAAGAGGAGCAGGAAGCCCUCAAGGCGGCGAAGGAGGAGGAUGCCCGAGAGCUGGCCUUGGAAAACCAGUUGAAGCGAGAGAAAGAGGAGCGCCGCAAGAAGCUGAUGAGUCUGGCAUCGAAGAAGAGGUGA